UCCGCGCACUACACUGUGCUAAAGACCGCUGCAUAUCACUUUCAGCACAGUCUUGCGCACGCCCUGACCCUCCCCCCAAAGAAUCCUUCUCUGGGCUGACGCGAGCGUUUUGUUUCUCUGGUCAAUCCAUUUCAUCCACCAUCCGACGCCGUAUAUACCGUAAAGAGAAAUAUUGACGCUCCGAUAUUUGCUGUCUUUAUUUGCGUCGACGAUCGCCAAACCCGACCUCGAAUAUUCCCUCUCCUGUAGACUUGUCGCUGUCGUACUCGUCCGCUCGAUAACCUCAGCCGCCCGGCCCUUCUCGAACUUGCCUUUCCAGCGUCCUCAACAGUUCCGCUCGACUUUAUAGGACAUCUUAUUUGUAUUAUAUUAUUAACAGCAAGCAGAGGGAAUUUGUCCAUAUUUUUUCUUUCCCCUUCCUUGCCAUGGAGCCCUCCUCGACCCAACCGGGCAUCCCGCGACCUGGUUCAACAGCAGAGGAUCUAUCCCCACAAGUCCCCGAUACUGACGACUAUGACUUGGCUGCUGAGAUGGUUUCUGAUGGCUUCAGACCACCAGCAAGAUCAUCACCUUCCUUGAGUGCAUCUCAUGAAGCCUCAUCCCCAACACAACUCCCGGGAACCUCGUCAUCCGCUGCACCACAGCCGACCUUUGCGAGCCUCCUUCCGCGGGCGCAGCAAUCCAGCCCUCCCCUACCACGACCAUCUAGCAUUUCAAAACCCCCUCGACCGCAUGAUUCGCUUCGAAUCCAGAACGAUGGCUCCGUCGAAGAUUCCUCCGGCCCCUCACACCCAUAUCACAUGUAUCCUCAACGAACAUUGAGCAACACCUCAGAUAGACGUCGACAACAGCCGGCUGCAGCAGUUGUGGAGCAAGAGUAUUCCCUCUACAAUGAUGAGGUCGAGCUGCCGACUAUUGCUACGGAGCAGGCAUUGCCAGUACGAUUUGGCGAGUCUAGUAACGCAUACCACAACCGCAUCGGAACUCAAGAGGCUGCGACCGCAUUGGGCCAUGCUGAAGAACUGCCGCCAUAUUCAAGAUACCCCGAAGUAGCGAUGACAAGAAAGCCAGAGCCAACUACUGCACAACAAGAUACCCCUUCAUUCACAACAUCUUCUGGUAGUACGUCUCCAGAACGUCACUCACAAGAAGAGCUUGAAAUGCAACCACAGCAACCGCGCCCACGUCCAGAGCCACAUCAAGCACAGUCACACCACUCAUCAUCAUCGAUUAACCAGAUGCCUGGCGCUGGGGGGAUGGGCAUUGCUACCAGAAAUCCAGAGUUUGAUUCGACACAAGAAACGCUCGCCGCUUCGCAGUCUCGGCCAUCCACCUUGUCUAGUCACGAUCUCAACAUUGCUGCAAAGGACCUGGCUGAGAAGCCUACACCUACUAAGUGGCAGUUGUGGGCAAAACGAAAGGUAUGCGGUGUGGUUCCGUACUGGGCCAUUUGCCUCGCGUUGAUAAGUGUUGCUCUUAUGAGCAUUAUUAUGGGUGCCGUCCUCGGUACACUACUGCACAGACACCAGUACAAACCUCCUGGCCGUCCUAGCGGAGGACCACCAAAUCUGGACCCGGUCAAAGGUUUCCCGUCUGAGGCUAAACUUCCAGAGGGCCGCUUCUCGCCGCCACCGACAAAGCCACAGGUAGCUUCGCCUAGUUGUAUUGCUCCCGGGCCGGCCCAAAAUGCCUGGGACUGUAAUUUGAGCUAUGGCAGAAGCGGAUCGGGGUUCUCACUGGGCAUCAACUUCACUGGAACAAACGACGAACCCAAAUAUGAUCUCUUCUUCGCGGAGACUGGCCGUAGACUCACCUACGGUGCUCAACCUCCCAGAAUUGAUGGACCUGUUCCCCUCACCCUGUAUAAAGAUUCCAUCAACCCGAAAAAGAUGGUUUGGUUUGGAAAGCAUACAUACACAAAAACCGUUAUUGCUGAGUAUGGAGAUCUUGCGCCACUUAUUAAACGCGAAAACGGCAGUGAGGGGAAGCGCGCAUAUGUCCUUAACGAUGGCCAAGGUGGCUGGUACUGUAGCUGGCCCAACAUCGUGUUCCGAGUGUCAAUUUUUCCCUGUGGUAACACGAAUGGCCAACCGAAACCGCAAGUCAAUUUCAGCGGAGCAUCGCCAUCAACCCCAACAAGCUCAGCUGCUGAGCCGUCGGCAACUGUUACCCGCCUACCCCCUCUGAACAAAGAGCUCGUUUUUGAGGAGGUUCGACAACAAUCUGACUACCCAUACGUAGGCACAUGUCGCCGAUUCACCUAUGACCUUGCCAAUAACAAGAAAAACUUCAUGUCUGACGAGAUAUACAUCAAAACCAAUCCUUUUACACCUGAACAGACUAUCAGAUGGAACCGACAGUCAGAUUCAUACACAUUACACAGUCGCAACCCAAGUGCUUCCUUUGCAGAAUGCAGUUGCGAGUGGAUGACCUGA